UAUGUUUACGCUUAUACGCUUAUGCAAAAGUGUGUGCUCCCGCUUCAUGUUUACGGUUAUGCGUCUAUGCAAAAGUGUGUGCUUACUGCUUUACAUCAUGAUUUCUAGGGACUCUAUUGCUGCGCGGGAAAAAGUGACGCAAUAAGAAGGGGUUCAUUGUUUGGCUACCACAUUCCUUCUGCUUCACGCGAUAUUGCAUCCUCUGUGCCUUUGUGCAGAAACCCAAGAAUCACGUUAUCACUAAGCGGUUUGGUCUAUUAAACGCAGCACGCGGCAAUAAUAAGAGAAAGUACAUGUGCCUCAGUGAGCUCGUAUUAAAAUCAUUCAAGUUACAUAAAACUCAUUACGAUUUAUGUGUAAAACGCAGAUCAUCACUAUACUAUUUUAACUUGCUGAUUGCCAUCUCGACAUUUAUUCUUCAUCGGUUGCUGCGAAAAAUCAAGAAGACGAAAAGGAGAACAACCUAAUCUAUCUUCAAUAAAUUUGUUUUUUAAACAAAUAUAGAUAGUUAUCUUACAUUAGUGAUUUGCGAAUAUAUAUGGGAAUACAUUCGAAAUAUCCAGAAUGAGAAUCUAGAAAUACAACUAUUAUAAAUGGUGUGUAUGUUCGAGAUUACUGGUUUUAAAAUGCAUUUAUCAGGAAGAUUUGGAAUAUUUUUCCUUUUGUUACUAUGGCGGUUGAUGUCAGUGAUCAUAGUACAAACUGCUCAUGUGCCAGACGAAUACUGGCAAUCCCUCGAAGUAGCUCAUCAUCUGGCAUUCAAUUAUGGAUAUCUUACAUGGGAAUGGACAAUAAUGAUUCGCAGUUACAUUUAUCCAUUUUUUAUAUCAAUUCUGUAUUGUACACUUGCUUUUCUUUCAUUAGAUUUCACAUUGUUAUUAACAAUGUUGCCUCGUGUUUUUCAAGCUACUUUCGCUGCUUAUGGUGAUUAUAGAUUUUAUAAGUGGACCAAAUGCAAGUGGAUGUUGUUGGUCCUAUGCUCAAAUUGGUAUUGGUACUACUGUGCUUCGAGAACACUGAUAAAUUCAGUGGAGACUGUCUGCACUACAAUAGCAUUAUCAAUAUUCCCAUGGCAAGAUAAUCGUGUGCAAAGUACAAAGUUUUUAUGGAUUGUAGGCUUUCUCUGUAUGAUAAGACCUACUGCUGCAAUUAUAUGGUUUCCAUUAUGCUUACAUCACAUUUGUUCAAAUGUAGAAAAGAAAGCAUUACUUGGUCAUUAUGCAAUGAUAGGUACUUCUUGUUUCUUGAUUUCUGUAUCAGUAGAUAGUUACUGUUAUGGAAAAUUUGUGAUAACCCCUUGGAAGUUUUUCCAAAUAAAUGUGCUUAAAAGUGUCGGAGACUCAUAUGGCAAAGAACAUACAUUAUGGUAUAUCUUUGUUGGUUUACCUGUAAUACUAGGGUUAUAUUACAUUCCAUUUUUGAUUGCUGUUUGGCAAAUAUUUAAACAUCCUGCUUACUUCCAUCGAGAAUUAAUUAUGUUUGUAAUAAUCGGUUGGACGCUAUUCGUCUAUUCUUUUUUGUCUCAUAAAGAAUUUCGAUUUAUUUUACCGCUUUUGCCGAUGUUAAUUUAUAUAAGUUCCGCUUGCACUCGACGUUUAAACGUUAGAAUUACGGCAUUUGCACGUAAAAGUAUUUUAGCAUUAUUAAUAUGCAGCAACAUUGUACCCGGAUUUUAUUUUUCCUUGAUUCAUCAACGGGGCACCUUAAAUGUAAUGGAGCUCUUACAGCAGGAAAUUUAUGCUAUUCCUUCACCAAUAAAUGUGUUAAUUCUCACUCCUUGUCAUGCUAUGCCAUUAUAUAGUCAUUUGCAUGUAAAUGUAUCGGUAAAAUUUUUAACUUGCAAACCUAAUUUAGAUAAUUCUAAUGAUUACCUUGAUGAAGCAGAUCAAUUUUUUGCAAAUCCAACACUUUGGCUUGAUAAUAAUUAUGUUAAUAAUAAAAAUGCUACAUUACCAACUUAUGUAAUAAUAUUUGAUAAUGUUGUGAAUGAAAUAAUUGACUUUUUAUAUAGAUAUAAACUAAUUGCCAAAAUAUUUUAUACACAUUUUCCACAAUCCAAUUAUGGAGAAUAUGUGUUAUUGUAUAAAAUGUAACAUUUAUUUAAAGAAUGAUGUACAUUUUAUAUAUGU